AUGUUUAGACUAACCAUUGGCUUUGGAAGAAAAAGUACGUUUUUAAUUAUUCUUAUUAUAACCAUUAUUUUCCCAGUUUUAAUCUCAUUGCUGUUUUCAUUAUUAUACCCCACAUCGUCAAUUUCAUUACUAACAAAUAACAACAUAAUUAAUAAUUUGUCAUCAUCUUAUUCAUUGUUUUUAGGAAUUACAACUUCUUUCUACAACAAACUUUACAAUGCCACAACCCAUAGUUCUGCCAAUAAUGCAUAUUUUAAGAGAACUUUUUUCAAUUCCGCAUUCAACGCUAGCAGCAAUUCAAGUGGAUCAAGUAGUUCAAAUUUCGCCAAUAAUACCAUAUCAGCAUUCAAUUAUAAAGUUUCAGUUGCAUACCAGCCAAAGGAUCGUAGUGACCCAAUAUAUGAAAAAGUACUAGUAGCUAAGAAUUCACCAACUGGCGAAGACAACUAUUUUAUUAACCAAAGGGAAUCUAACGAUUUAUUUUGUGGUGUCGCCGAUGGUGUUGGUGGGUGGAUUGAAAUGGGAGAAGAUUCAAGUGCCAUAUCCAGAGAACUAUGCAGUAAAUUAAGCGAAUUCUCCAAUAAAGACAAAUUUUCAUCAACCACUAAACAACUAUUAAUUGAAAGUUUUAAUGAGGUAGUUAAAGAGGGUGUUGUUAAGGCAGGCAGCACUACUUGUAUUGCUGCUCAUUUGAAACCAAACGGGGAGCUAGAAGUUUCUAAUUUGGGCGAUUCUUGGUGCGGUGUUUUCAGAAAUGACAGCUUAGUUUACCACACCAACUUCCAAGUACUAUCCUUUAAUGCACCAUAUCAACUAAGUAUUAUUCCCAAGUAUAUCUUGGAUUCGGCUAAAACGAAAGGGAGUGGUUUUAUUAGAAAUACACCUGAAGAAGCAGAUGAUUAUAAAUUCCAAUUAAUGAAAAAUGACGUUGUUAUCUUGGCUACCGACGGUGUUACCGACAACGUCGAUACUGGCGAUCUAGCCAACUUUCUACGUGAUAAUGAGAUUAGCACCAAGACACAAUCCCAAGAAAAUCUAGAUAGAAUUACCAAGGAUUUAGUCGGUAAAACAGUUGCGCUAAGUAAAGACCCACAGUUCCCAAGUAUUUUUUCUCAAGAAUUAUCAAAAAUUACUGGUGCCAAUUAUGUUGGUGGCAAAGAAGACGAUAUUACAUUAGUCCUAGUUAAAGUAGAAUAG